ACAUUGAAAUCAAUCGGUUUACCAGAAUAUGAUGCUGCUAUUAUAGACAGCGAAUCGAAUCAACAAGAUACAUUACCAUUAUCAAUUCAACAUGAUUUAAUUGACAGCGCAAAUCAAGAACAGCGUGAUAUUAUAAGCACUAUUAUGAAAUGCGUGAGCCUUGAAAAUACAAAUGUUCCUAAUGCAUAUUUCAUUGAUGGACCUGGUGGUACAGAGAAAACAUUCGUCUAUAAAUGCCUCAUUAACAGUUGUAUAGAAAUGGGUUAUGAUGUAAUCCCGGUUGCUUGUACUGGAAUAGCAGCAAUAUUGUUACCCGGAGGUCGCACACUACAUAGCCGAUUUAAAUUACCUUUGAUAUUGACAGAUACUUCAGUUUCAUCAUUAAAGGUAAAUAGCAAAGAAACAUCAAUUAUUCGAAAAUCAAAAUUUAUUAUUUGGGACGAAGCUCCUAUGGCAAGUGCGUGUGCGUUAAUGGUUGUCAAUCAAUUAUUAAAAUAUAUGAUGGAAAACAACGUUUUCUUUGGUGGGAAAGUUAUUGUCUUAGGAGGAGAUUUCAGACAAGUUUUACCAGUUGUCCCACAUGGCUCUAGACAGCUUACAAUACAAAACUGCAUAAAAAAUUUUCCGAUUUUGCCACAUUUUAAAAUUCUCAAACUAUUAAGAAAUAUGAGAGUAAAGCAAAAUGAAAUUGAAUUUUCCAAGUUUUUGUAA